GCGUCGCCAACAUACAUGCUUCUUCUGCCAACAGUGCCGGUAUCCUGUAAUGCAUUUUAGGGAAUGUGUAUCUACAAAUUAUCUACAUAUCUACAAAUUAAUGCAAACCAAAAAAUUCUGCUUUUCUAUGUAUUACUCUGCGUUCAUUUCCAUACUUAUUACGUUAUGGCAGUAAUUUAUGAAACACUGUGCUACUUGUAACCUUCUUACCACAGUCUAAACUUGGGAUAUUUAUAUUUCGGAUACAAAUACUCUCGAUAUAUAGAACAUAAGUUCCUGAAUACUUUCUGUUCACUAAUAUAAUCGAGUCUUUCGGUUUAUCGUCCCUGAAGAAACCUGGAAGUAUAAAUUAAGUUUACAGAAUGAACCUUGAACGAGGGGCAAAGUGUUAUGACCAAGAUAGAAAAGUUCAAAUAGCGUCUGUCUUAUGCCUCUCGUUAAUAGCAAAACGACACGAAAUAGUGGGUUUGAUAGUUGAUUCUCACUAGGAAUACGUGUACAAGAUCGUCUCAUUGUCCUAUCUCAUAGUUUGUGAGACGCAGAACUUCGCUAACAGGUACGAUUUGCGCAUAUCACCAACUUAAAAGAUAGGAGUGCAAUAUCGGAGACUUGUAUUUAUCCUUAUAAUACGCCAUUCUGUCAUAUUUACCAUAAAGACUGAAAGCUAUGGUGCCGUUACAAUUCAUAAAUUAAAACACUUGUUCAAAUACCCAUAAUUUUAAACAGUUGUACCGGCGAUUAUGAUACGUGAUUAAAGCAAUGAAAAUGGUUUCUCCGCGAAGUCUAUUGCAGCUACGCAGCCUUUGUCGUUCCCAAAGUUCCGGCAAGUUUCUGGCACCAGCCGAAAGUGUUUCAAGUGGCAGGAGAGAAUACUCAUCGAAAGAAAGUUUAGUUUCCGUUGCUGUCAACGACAAAACAGGUGUUGCCACUGUCACAAUGGGGAGGCCUCCAGUGAAUGGCUUGAAUUUAGAACUGAUCCAAGAACUGACUAGCACUUUAGAGUCUCUAGAGAAAAAUAAAUCGAGAGGCAUGAUUCUCACUUCAGCUUUCCCCACAGUUUUCAGUGCUGGUUUGGAUAUUAUGGAAAUGUACAGGCCAAAAGCAGAUAGAGUGAGAGCAUUCUGGACGGCACUGCAAGACAUGUGGCUGAAACUGUAUAGUACUCCGUACCCAACUGUUGCUGCUAUAAAUGGUCAUAGCCCAGCUGGUGGUUGCUUGUUGUCAGUAAGUUGUGAAUAUCGUGUGAUGGUUGGACCAAAAUUCACUAUUGGGUUAAAUGAGACACAACUUGGAAUUGUUGCACCUACAUGGUUUCAGUUAUCAUUUAGAAAUGUUGUUAAACAUCGUGAUGCAGAAAUGGCUUUGACUCUGGGAAAAAUGUUCACCACAGAAGAAGCAUUAAAGAUUGGUCUUAUAGAUGAAGUCGCCUCAGAUGCUAAAGAUGCCAUUGGAAAAGCAGAAAAAUUUAUAGGACAAUUUGCCAAAAUUUCACCUGUGGCACGAAGUAUGACCAAGGUUCAGUACAGAGCAGAAACAAUUAAUUGGCUAGUGAAGAACAAAGAAUCAGACUUAAAUCAGUUCUUGACAUUUGUAAAUGAUCCAAAAGUGCAAAAGGGACUUGAGCUUUAUCUUGAGUCACUGAAGAAGAAGUAAACUUCUUUGCAAUUUGCACUUUUUCUACAAAUGAUGACUUUGAUAACUGCAAAAGUAUCACUGUCAAAAAGAAGCAGGAUAGCAGAAGACCUGCAGAUUAUUACACCACGAAGCUUAUAAGCUGAGGUCUCCUGUACAUAUUUGCCUUUUUGCAAGUACACAAAAACUUGCACCUGUAUUUUUUUAGAAGUAAUUUUGAAGAUACCAUAGUAUAAACCUGCUGGAAAGUGUUAUUGUAUUUUUAGAACAUUUGUUGCAUUUGUAAUUUUAUACUGCAUAUACAUGUUGUCAAUAAAAUAUUGAUAUUGCCGUAACAAAGAUGCACAAUCAGAAAAUACACACAGACCCUUUAUUGCAUAGAACCUAAAGGAAAAAAAAUAGUUAAAUGUUGAAGAACCUAAUGUGUGUGUUCAAAGUUAUGUUUAGUUGCGUUCAACAUCAGUUUUAGAAAAUGAUAGAACUACCGCAAACCUAGAAAAAAGGAUAUUAUACUGCAAAGAUUUUUUCAGUUCCAUUAAAUACUAAGUGCAUUUCUUCAAUGACAAUUAUUUAGCCUUUUGCAUAGCGCAGAUGUAGUUGCAUCAGUUAAUCAGUGAAAUAACAUAUUUUUGAAAAUGUUCAGUGAAAUUUUUAGAACUUUAAUUUGAAACAAAUUCUUUGGUAACAGUUUCGGUCUUGUCUCUAGUUUUGCAGUGGUUGGUGUAAAAAUAAAGGAUAAUGACUAUUA